CGAGGAACAGUUCCCCCCACUAGCGCCCAAGAGCGCCUCGUUUAGCCUGUAAUUUGCUCAAACACUAGCAAGCUCUCGUGCCAGAAACAUCCGUCAGAGAGCCUGUGGUCCGCUGGAGUCUCGAGAUACGCUCGUUGGGGCCACAGUUGCUCUUUUUUCGGGACAACUGUGCCCGAGUGGUUCCUUUGGCCGGAGUAAAUUUGGUGCCGCGGGGCUGGAGCUCGAUGGAGAGGCGCGGUCCCGGGAUAUCGCAGUGUGUGUCGGCCGUGUGAGCGAAACGCUUCGUGUUGCGGCCUCUCUCUCUUGCGUUACAGUGGUGACACUACUCCUUGUCUCGCGCGGGAUCAUCGUGGGCUGGAUGAUCCGUCAGUGACGUUACACGAAUCUCACGUGAACGAUGAAUCAGUGGUGAUCUUGAUGGUGGAAACUACAGUGUCGCAUAUUUCGAAAACAGUCGCAGAAUAAUACGUGAACUAAGAGGAUAUUAUACGUUGGUGUGAUGAAGGGAUCGACAAAUGGACGAUGUACUCAUUAACGAAAAGAAACGAACGAUAAUUGUCAUCAAGAACAUUGUCAACGCUAAGUUACAACUGGGAUAGUAUCCCAAAAUAGGGAGUUAUAAGUGCGUCGAUAAGUGCGUCCAAAGUGUUCUCAAGGAGUAACCCGUGGCUGGACGUCUGGCAGGCAAGCGUUCUCGGUCUGGUGAAGGAACCGGGACCGGGGCGGGUGCAGGCAUGCGGCGGACCUGACUCGACCGAGUUACCUGGAGCCCUCGCGUGUUGCAGAAGUGGCCAGUCCAUCAGCCAGGCGUACGAUAAUCGUACGAUGAUGCCGCUCGCGCCGACGCCAAUUGUACCGGUGCCCUCGAAGCCGAAGAUCGGCUUCAGCAUCGACUCGAUCGUCGGUGGUGGUGGACAGGGUCGCGAGGAUCGCUUGGACCGUUUAGAACGGGUCGAAAUCGAGAGAGAUGGCAGCCCGAUGGACGUGGUCGAGGGUUCGUCUUCGCCUCGAACUCGUCGAGUGACCACGCGAUCCCCUGGCGCUCAUUCCGAGGGCUCUGAUCGGCCGGUGUCUCGAAGUUCCUCCGUGGAGUCGUACCCUAACUCUCGAAGAACACCGUCACAUCCUGGCAGCCAUCAUCAUCAUCACGGCAACCACCAUGGCCAUCAUCAUCACUUAUCCGCCGCUACCCACCUGGAUUUUAGCAGAACGGUUCACAGUCACAGCGGAGGAUCUACGCCGAACAACAGUCCCAGUCCACCUCACAGGAUAUCCCACGGUGAUUCUCCCGUCGGUACACACCCUCAGCCGCCACCAGGAGUCGUCAGACCGAGUCCCAAUUACCUCGCACCGCCGCCUGGCGCGGCAACCGCGGCAGCGGUCGCGGCCGAACAAUUGAAAUCUCUUUACGGGCUACCAGGACACGGUCCAACGGGACCACAAACCGGACAGAACGAAUAUCAUACGCAACAGCAGUUAGCACUAGCCGCGAAUUUGGCCGCGGCGCAACAUUUCCAAGCGGCGAAUCUCGCAGUGGCCCUUCAGGCGCAUCACGGCGCGUCGCCCCAUGGACCACCGCACGGACCUUAUCCCCAUGGCGGCGCGCCUGGUGGACCUCAUCCACCGCCGCAUCCUCAUCAACCGCCUAGAGACAGCUAUCCGCUGUAUCCUUGGCUCCUGUCCAGGCAUGGAAGGAUCUUCCCUCAUAGAUUUCCCGGAGGCCCCGACAUACCAGGCUUUCUUCUGCAGCCAUUCAGGAAGCCAAAGAGAAUAAGGACGGCCUUCAGCCCCAGUCAGUUGCUCAAGCUGGAGCACGCGUUCGAGAAAAAUCACUACGUCGUCGGUGCGGAGAGGAAGCAGCUGGCGCAGGCGCUCUCGUUGACGGAAACGCAGGUGAAGGUCUGGUUCCAGAACCGACGGACGAAGCACAAGCGAAUGCAGCAGGAGGAGGAGGCAAAGGCACAGCAGCAAUCUGGGGGCGGUGGAGGUGGUGGUGGUGGCGGCGGUGGCGGUGGAGGCGGGAACGCGAAUAACAAUUCCAACAAUAAGAACACCCAUCACGUGAGCAAAUGGCAACAGGAGACCGGUGAUUAUCACCACGAGGAAGAGGAGGAAGAGGAACACAUCGAUCCAGAAGCGGAGGAGUGUUCCAGCGGUUCGGAGGCGUAGCUAGACGUUCUCUGCCUGGACUAAGGUGCCGGGAAUUGCGUCUGAAAACGAAGAACAACCAUUCGAACUGUGCCACUCGAUGAGCUAAAAUCGAGAUUCAAAUUUUGAAUCGCGACAGAGCGAAGGGAAGGCGAAACUUGGAAUUUCGUUGGAAUUGUCGGAAUUACGAGUAUUACAAGGAUUAUGGAAUUGCGGACGUUAAAGUGAAAGGGGCUGAUGCGUCGAAAAGCUUCACCGAGAGAAACACGAGUAACCGAAAGAAUUGCUGGAAUUGUCGAGGCAAGAAUUUUAUUCUUAUCGCGAACAUCCAAAGAUCGCGUAAAGUGCGGAGCGUCGAGUUCGAAGAAACUGCAAGGGGGAUGCAGUUGGAUGUAAAAGGGAAACUUGGAUGGAAUUGCAAAUACAGUAGAUGGUGUGUGAAAGCACGAAACGAGUUCCAGUCUUUGCGAGACAGAACUGUCGGUGAAAACCAAAAAUAUGUUGCCGUUCGACGAGAGAUUUUACGGAAUUGCGCGUCUAUCGCAAUUUUUAAGAAUUCACGAGUCAAUACUCGCUGAUUGCUCGGAUAGUUCGAGAAAUGGAAUUGCCGAGAUUCCGAAGGUUCUCUAGCAGAAUACGACGGAAAUAAAAAUAAAGGCGAGCGCCAUAUAGAAGAGGCUAGGAGUCACUGAAAACCGGAAACAACGGCAAUGGAAUUGUCAAGGAAUUGCGUGUCCCACGGAUUUCCAAAGAUCGCAACAACGAACACAAACGAGACGAAAAACGCGUGGAAAGACAAUUAAAUUUACGUCUCGCUAGAAAGAUCGUGAUCGUUCGAUCGUGGAAUUGUCAUGGCAAAGACGAUUCCUAUAGUCGUCGUUGAACGACACCGGAAGACUGCGGAUUUCCCUAUUGGCAAGACUGACGUAGCUGCUCGUAUCCGUUCCCGUGUUCUCGCGUCGGAAACGAUCGAAGAACUCCGAUGAGAAACUCGUUUGCCAAGCAAACUGCUUUCCGGAGGAUCGAUGGAAUUGCGCGGGGUUUGGAGCGCCACGGAAGCCGGGUAAUGGAGGUAUUGUUUCUUCGAAACUUUGGACGAAGCCAAAUGGAUCGAUUUCCGGCGGAAACGUCGGAAAAACCAGAAACGUUUACAAGAACUUGCUCGAUCUUUCGAACUUUCCCCUAUUCUCUCGGCGGAAUUGCGCCCCUUUCUCCCAGCGGCGAUAUCAAUUUCAUCGUUCCCCCCCCCCCCGAUGUUUUCUUAUAUCAUAGUUCCUCGAUCGAUUCGCGGAAAGGCGCGCGAGAGAAUGAAUAUUCUUUGGGAACUAUCCAAUGCUGAAAGGAUGUUCCUUCGGAAUAUUCGAUCGGGAAGAAGGGAUCGGAUUUUCACGAAUUUUAAUCCUCAUACAAAUAGAUCGUCGCGUUCACACGCAUCUUGCCAUAGAUCGUCCGAUGGCGAGACAGUCAGCUCUCGUGUACAUAAAUAAAUAUCGAGAAGAAUCGUAGACUGUGAUCCGUGGUGGAUCAGGCAGGCGGAUCCUGCGUUCCGCGUAGUAGACGACGGAAGGAUCGAUCUUUUGUUCGAGACGGAAGAACGUGUAUCUGCGUAUGCGUGAGUGAGCGAAUGUGUGGGUGUGUGUACGUGUCUGUAAAUAAUUCGUCGAUGAAAAGCGCGUUUGAUCGCUUUUCGAGGAAGCUGAUCGCAAAAUGGUCGAGAUGCAAAUAGAGUUACGGAGAGUAAGAGAACGGGUGCUUGUUAAUCCAUCGAGGAUCGUUGUCGCGUCGACGCAACAUCUUAUUCGCAAUAUAUUUUUAAUUAAUUUAUACAGUUGAAUCGAAAGGGGAUUUCAAGGCUUUGCUUAAUACUUUUUCCCAUACUAUUUUUGUCCUACAAUUUUGUAAUUUUAUGAAAUUCAAACGAGUCGAGAUGUUGAUAAAAGUAUAUCAAAGUUUCUUCUUGAAAUCAUAGAAAUCUUUUUCCCUUUUUUCCAAGUUACUUUAUUCGUGUUACUUGAUAAUGUUGCGUUUGCGCGAAUUUUAUACCGUUUCGAUGCUUAAUGGGUUAGCAAUGUGUGAACACGCGCGGCCUACUGACAUAAAACGUGUUACGAUGUACUCAUCGACUUCUAUCCAGCAUUUGUAAAACUAUAUCGGUCUUUGUCCAUAUCCUAUGCACUUGGAAAAUAAUUAUGAUACGUUCAGCACGCGUUUUUACAAUGAAAUUCGUUGAAAAUAGGUAUCUUGUCUUAAAAGUGAGGAUGUUAUAGAUACUCGUAACAUUUAUACAGUAGCCUUGUUCCCUUUUCCAUUUUUUAUCCACAAAGACAAUACGAGGAACAAUUUUCACCUUAUUAAUAUCGAUUCGUGCAUCAUAACGUAUCUGAAUAUGUGUAAGCCGCAAAAGAAGAAACGGAGGAGAAAACGUAGGGGAAGAUGAGAGUGCCAAACUUCGUAUCCUUUUUAGAUGAAUGAAGAAUCCCAGUGUAAACUCGAAUUGUAACUUGUGAAUUGUAUUUAACGUCGUUGUCCCACGAGCGACCAGUAUUUCCCUUUGUCAAAUCGAUGUCCGAGAUGUACUGACGAUUUAAAUUAUUAUAUCGAUUAUAUUUUACGGGACAGCUGAGCGCGUCAGCCGAAGAACGAUCGUUCGCGAGAAAUCUUCGUCUCUUUUCCUUUUCUUUUUUAUUUUUUCUCCCUUUACAAUGAAAAAUGAAAAAUAUCUUUUAGUCCCUUUCAGAUCGCACGUAUCACACCUCUAUCGAUGCUUAGCCGAUAUUUGAGGCGACUAGAAUCGAUCUGGACGAGAUUCGAACAGUUGAACGAGUGAAUCGCUGGAAAAUCUUGUCUAGAUCGUGAGAUGGAUCGUGAUUUCUUGACGAACGAUCGGCUUGCACGCUUAACCGGUCCGUUUUUGUAAAUACGUUGUACAUAAAAGAAUUGUGAUUUUACUCGACGUGCAAAAAUCGUAGGAUUGUACGGUCAUACGGAUGAUUCAGUUCGUGUUCUAACGAUAUAGCGAAAUAAAUUAUAUCAUCUCUUCACGACAACA